ACGGCUCUCCUCUCCUCUCCUGUCAGCACUUCAGCCUGCCCUGCCACAAAAAACGCAAUAGGAUGAGAGGCGAGAACUGCAGGUGUACAACAGGACUAAAGGCACAUCGGGAUAGUGGUGUAGCCUAAUAAUAAUAACAACGAGAAACACACACCUUCGUCCUUCUUCGGAGGUUACUUAAUAUCGUAAGACAAAGUUGGCGUUAAAAUGCUCUCCACACUGCUGCCCGUGAAGACACUGGUGGUGCUCGGCCUAGUCCUCACCUGUACACCACCUGGGACGGCGCAGCCAAUCACAGCAGAGGAUGCCAGGACCAGAGUGGUCCAUGUGCUAGAGGAUGAGACCGGCGCUGUGAUCGUCCAGACGGCGCCGGGGAAGGUCGUGACCCAUCGCGGCGGCUCCAUCACCUUGCCCUGCCGCUACCACCACGAGCCCGAGAGCACCGACCCGGCCCGCAUACGCAUCAAGUGGACCAAGGUGACGGACGCGCUGCAGUUCGAGGACGUGUUUGUGGCGCUGGGUCGGCGUCAGCGGGUGUUUGGCGAGUACCGCGACCGCGUGUCCCUGGAGCUGGCGGGGCCCGGCGACGCCUCCAUCAUCAUCCACAACGUCACGCUGCAGGACUACGGACGCUACGAGUGCGAGGUCACCAACGACAUGGAGGACGACACCGGCUUUGUCAACCUCGACCUCGAAGGAGUGGUGUUCCCGUACUACCCCAAGGUGGGCCGCUACAGGCUGAACUACCACCAGGCCGAGGAGGUGUGUCGGGAGCAGGACGCCAUCUUGGCCUCCCACUCGCAGCUCCACAAGGCCUUCCUGGAGGGGCUGGACUGGUGCAACGCUGGCUGGCUGGAGGACGGCUCUGUGCAGUACCCCAUCGCGCACCCGCGCGACCAGUGCGGACGCAAGGACACCCCGCCGGGCGUGCGCAACUACGGCUACAGGCACAAAGACGACGAGCGAUAUGACGCCUUCUGCUUCACGUCCAAGCCAAAUGGUCGGGUCUACUUCCUAAAGCGCUACAAGAAGAUCAACUACCUGGAGGCCGUGAAGGCGUGCCAGCGCGAGGGCUCCGGCAUCGCCAAGGUGGGCCAGCUGUACGCCGCAUGGAAGUUCCAGCUGCUAGACCGCUGCGAAGCCGGCUGGCUGGAGGACGCCAGCAUCCGCUACCCCAUCGUCAACCCGCGUGCCCGCUGCGGAGGGCCCGACCCCGGCGUGCGCAACCUCGGCUUCCCAGACAAGAAGUUCCGGCUCUACGGCGUGUACUGUUUCCGCAACAACGACGAGAGCAACGACAUCGAGUCCUUCACGAAGAAGGAGGUGAAGAUGGGCAGCACCAAACAAUCCAAUGUUACCACCACUACUACUACUACUACUAGUACUACUAUUACCAAGGGUGUUUGAUGAGAAUGAGAAAUGCUGCAUGAGAUACUGUACAGUAUGACCUACAGUAGCUUUUGAACAGAAAUACUAUGUUCCAAAACAAAAAACCUGACCAAGCUGAUGUGCAAUUCUGUUCCUGAUUGCUUUGACAACGUAAAGCACUGCUAGCUUACAGUAGUAGCCUACAGCUUAGAUGCAGUGCUUUCUCUUUAUUUUCGCAAACAAAACAAAAAACAAUAGAAAUGCAAACAGGUUUCAGCUGUAGUGGCCCAUUCUAAACUUAAACACUUCAAAUGAUCUCAGAUCAAGCUUAGAUUCUCCUCUCCAGCUCACAGGCAGAGAGAGAGAAGAUGGGGUUUGUGCUUUAUGUCUAGUGAGGAGAGGAUGUUUUUCUCCCUUGGAGGCUCUAAGAAGACUGGGAGCUGUCCCCGAGGUACUUUAAUUCACCAUGGCGACAGGAAAAGAGACAAUUAAAACAAACCAUUUCAGGAAUGCAGCACAUUUAGCAUGACUCUCCCCGUCUCUCUCUCUCUCUCUCUCUCUCUCUCUCUCUCUCUCUAGCUCUCUCUCUCUCUCAAAUGCUAGCCUGAAAAAGAGUGAAGGGCUUUGAAGCACAAACUCCAGCUUAGUUUGUUGUUCUCCAGGUGUUGCCAUUAGCUGUGCUUUGCUAAGCAUACGUUGGCGUUUUCUGUGAACUCCUUUUUUUCCGCAGCAGACAGUCAUUCCAUCUGAUUGCCUUUUGUGAGCGUGUACUACAUUUGCUAAUGACAUCCAUUAUGCACAGUACAGUAUACAUAUGCUGGCUUUUAGAAAAGACUCAUAUAUUAUAUUUUUAUGACAGAUUUUAAAUCACGAUAGAGUCCAAACAAACCAACAAGCAUGUUCGAAGUAUGGUAGACAUCCCUGUACCUGUAGUUACAAGGCUGCAUUUAAAUGGAAAACAACCGAAUGUCUUUCAACUUUGUAGCUGCUUGACUACCUCAUCUAAUGUAGACCAUUGCAUUAGAGGAUAACCGUUGCACUAUUCACCACACUCUGAACUGAACUGGCACUACUUUUGUCUGGUCUGCAU